AAAAAAAAAAACAGAGAGAGAGAGAGAGUGAGUGAGUGAGUGACUGAGUGAGUGGGAGUGUGUGUGUUUCUGUCUUGUUCCGCAGCUUAUUCACAUCACAGCUAAACCUACUGCAGGUAAGGAGUCACCAGAUAACUCUCCACCGCCGCCGCCGCCGCCGCGUCCAUUAUUAUUAUUAUCGUUAGUUCUUUCAAGCAACUCCUCCAAGAUUUGAUUUUUAAUGGCUUCAUCUUCCUAUGAAGCCACGAAUGUGGUUCUCUCCAAAAUAAAAAGCAUUGAGCCUGAAAAUGCCUCCAAAAUCAUGGGCUAUCUUCUCAUGAACUUGGAAGACUCUGAAUUAGUUCGAUUGGCUUGUAGCCCUGACCCUGUUCUUCACAACAUAGUUUUAAGGGUGAAGACCCAUUUGGGUUUGACACUCUCUUCACCUUCUUCUUCGCCUUCUCCUCUUAACCCCAUAACAAGACCUUCCACCAACCCCUUUUCCAAGUCCUCUCCCAGAUUAGUAGCUUCUAAUGGCUUUGACUUUGCGAGGAACCCAUCUUCACCCUCUUCUUCUGCUUGGCCACUUUCUGGGAUCCCAAAUAACCCCAUUAGUCCAAAGUCGAGUCCUUUACUAUCUUAUGAGAAUAUUAGAAGUGUUGCUGUUCACUCUCCUUCGUUUUCGCCUCGUGUUAACGGUGAUUGCAACCCUGUUGGUGGUGAUUUUGUUGAUGAGCAGCAGGUAGAUGAGUGUUUCCCCUUCCUUGGAGACUCAUCUAAGAAUGAGGAACUAUUGGAUCUUGGUGGUCAGAAUUUGCAAUCACUCAACAACGGGGAUGCUCCUUUUCACAGGAGGAGCUACUCUGCUAGUGAUGCUUGUUUCGGGUUCGAGGAAGGGGGCCCUGGAAUUGGAUAUAAGCCAUGCCUUUACUUUGCAAGGGGUUUCUGCAAAAAUGGGAGUAAUUGUAAGUUUGUGCAUGGUGCUUUGAAUGAUUCAUUUGGUGCCAUUGUUGGUUCUCCUAGUAGGUUUGAGGGGUUAGAACAGCACGAGGAGUUCCUGAGGUUGAAGACUGAACAUCAUCGGAGAUUAAUGGCUUCACAGCUUGUAGCUGGAACUUCACCAUCCUCAUAUGACAAGUACAUUGAUUUUCUGAUUAUGCAGCAAAAUGAUCCACAGAGAGCAGCUGCCACCACAGCAUAUAUGAUGGGUGAAGAAUUUCACAACUUUGGCCGAGGCAGGCCAGAAAGGAAUGAGUUUCUAGCCAUGAUUUCAGCCGAAAAACCUAACUCAGCUUCGCGACAGAUUUAUUUGACAUUUCCAGCUGAAAGCUCAUUUAAGGAUGAAGAUGUUUCAGAGUAUUUCAGCAAAUUUGGACCUGUGCAAGACGUGAGGAUUCCCUACCAGCAGAAGCGAAUGUUUGGGUUUGUUACCUUUGUCUAUCCAGAGACAGUGAGGCUCAUAUUAUCCAAGGGGAACCCUCAUUUUAUCUGUGAUUCACGCGUACUUGUCAAGCCCUACAAGGAGAAGGGGAAAAUCCCUGACAAGAGACAGCAGCAACAGCAAUCAGAGAGGGGGGACUUUUCACCAUGUUUAAGUCCUAGAUUUGACUCCAAAGAACCUUAUGAUUUUCAUCUUGGAGCAAGAAUGUUAUAUAAUCCGCAUGAUAUCUUGUUGAGAAGAAAACUCGAGGAGCAGGCUGAAUUGCAGCAGGUCAUUGACCUUCAGGAACGAAGGCUGAAGAAUCUGCAGCUUCCAGACUUCAAGAAUAUUCCCAUUCAUCAUCAUCAUCAUCAGCGCAGUCACUCUGUCGGUGCACCUUCGCCCUUAUCCCAUCAACUUCAUGGUCAAGUUAGCACUGCUGAUCUUUCUUCCCAUAACAACAUUAAAGGAGACCUUACAGGCUACCAGGGCGGCCUCAGUUAUACACUUUCAUUAGGCACUGCCGAGGGGGGGGAGGAGCAGCCACAGCCACAGAAAGAAGUGGGCCCGGCUUUCAUUGGUGGUUUUGAGUGUAGCAGUGAAAAUAAUAAUGCAAAUGCAAAUGUGGAAGUGAAAAAUCUUGAUAACAGAAGCGUUGAGCAGGCCCUUCCAGAUAGUUUCUUUGCUUCACCGACAAAAGCAGCAGGAGAUAACGUAUCCAAUUUCUCUUCGUUGGCAGAUGUCAACGAGAGUGCUGCACUCUCGGCAAGCACAUAUUCUCAUAACGAGUUAGAACAGGAAACCGCUUCCGGCGAAAUGGCUACUUCUCAUUAAUUUUCUUUACAAUCCAAGGUACUGCUAAAUGUAGUGUGUAACACUAACAUCCCCUGCAUCAUGGUUGUGGAUGCAAUUCUACUGACAAGUUGAUAUAUAUUUCUUAGGCUUCAAAAUUUGAACUGUAGGUUGUAAGAAUAGAACUGGCUGGCAGGGGAUCAUUUUUAGGAUUUAUAGAAGCAUACAGAAGAAAGUAUCUUCUAGAUGUAUAGCUGAAUACACCUAGAUUAAAACAAGACUAGCUACUAGGGAUCAAGAGGGUCACCAUCAUCAUCAUGAAUACAUACUACUAACAGCAAGCAAUACAUAUUGCAUACUUUGACAGACAUAUUAGUUUAUAUAAGACUAUUUUGCUUUUCCUUUUUUUGUUUGACCAGACAUAGGGCUGGACCAAGUAUUGUAUUUUAGUUUCACUUUACUCACUGUAAUAUAGACAACUUAUUUUCACCUUCUUUUUAUUAGUUGCUAUUUUUUGGUA